AUGAAGUACAGGAAAUCCAUAGAGGCCCAACUACACACAUGCUUAAGCAUUUUUGUAACUACAACCAGUCGAGGAUACACGAGCACUGAGACCGGUAAACCUUUCUUCGAGUGCUAUAGAAGUGCUCCUGACUUACUUGCCGAGGUGGGUGUAGGGAGGUACGUCUACACAUACAAUGAUAUAGAUGACCCAGCUAAUGCUGAGCCACCACUUCCUCUCUCCCAUAUGACUGGUAACCCUUCGAUUUCCGUCUAUAGAGUAAAUCUUGACACAAGUCAACACAGGUCGUACGGUGUCUUCUACUGCUCUGUGUUCCUUAAUGGAGAAUACUCCUCCGUACCAACAAUCUUCCUGAGAUCCGAUGCUGAAUUUGUGCCUCGUAGUGGCAGGUUUACAAAGACAGUCAACAAAGGUGAUGUGAAUGUAACUGUUGAUUUUAAAGAAGUCAUUUCUAGUAAUACAAUAAAAAAUUGGAGGUUUAAUGGGACAACAUCCCCUUUAGACACUUUUUCUCAGGACACAGUCUUCGAAGGUUUGACAGUCUAUACAACAGAAGGAGAAGUGGAUACAACAUAUAAAGGUGUUUACGAACUUCAUCUGGCAGGUGAAAGAGGACUGGCAAGGGCUGGACUACAAAGACUAAUUGUUAGAGCAUGCCCGGCUGGUCGCUAUAAUGAAUAUAGUGGUUGCACCAAUUUCUGCUUAUCGUGUUAUAAUGGAGGAAUAUGCCACGAUCAAACCGGGGAUUGCAUCUGUCCGCCAGGAUUUCAGGGCGUUUCUUGUGAAAUAGCAUGCGGUGGAAAUCGCUUUGGUCGAAACUGCGAGUACCGAUGUGACUACGAUGUAUCAGAUGAUAAGAAGGCAUGUAGUGGUCUUCAGGUUUGUGUACCUGAUCCCUAUGGCUGUUCAUGUACACCAGGAUAUAAAGGAUUAAACUGUACUACAGAAUGUGAAGCAGGUGAGUUUGGAGCAAGUUGUACCGAGACAUGCCAUUGUGUAUCAGGAGAAUGUGAUCGGUUUACUGGUGUCUGUAAAGGAAGCUCCUCUGAUUGCGAAUCAGAAUGGACUGGGGUAAACUGCCAAGAAUGCGUUCUGGGAAGAUGUGGUCCUAAUUGCGAACCCAAAUCAUUGGGAAAGGUGUGUCCGUCCCAUUCCCUCAAUAGUGCGCCAAUGCUAUGA